CCGCCCCGCCCCCUUGGCUUGCCUGCCUGCCCUGGGCCCGCCCGAGGCCUGGGAGGCGUCUGGAAGAGAUGCUCCGAGCCAGCCUCCUCCUGGAAGAGUCGGGGAAAGGCCCGAGGGAGGCAGAGGGAGGGGGCGGGGGGAGAAGGGGAAAGGGGAAAAGGGAGGGAGGAGCGUGAGGGAGGGGUCCCAGGCCCCCGCCCCGCCCAGGCCGGCUUCCCCAAUCCCCGCCUCUGAUCCCGUCGCCCCAGCAACCAGGACCACAACAGAGGGGGUAACCGGGAGGUCCGUGUCCAGACUGGUAGGGCCCCGGGUGCCCCUUCCCCCACCCCCAGCUUCCCAACCUGGAUCCUCCACUGCCCCCCAAGAGCCCCCCAAGCAGACUUCUCCCCCCAGCCACCAUGCCGCUGGCCAGCAGCGUGCUCUCGGAGGACAGCGAAGCCUACUUGGAUAGCUCAGCAGAGGGGGAGCUGAGCCGCCUGCAGAGACAAUGCCGGGUGAUGGAGGGGGAGCGGCAGGCUUACGGCCGGGCGACCCAGCAGCUGAUACACAAGCAAAUGGUGGAGAUCCAUCGGCUGCAGCAGGAGCAGACUGAGCUUCAAGUGAAGAUAAAGAUUUCGAAGAGCCAAGCUCGGAGGCUUCUGGACCAGGAGCGGGAGAAGGGCCUUCGAAGCCUCCUGGAGCGCAGGCAGCAGCUGUACAAGGAGGUGGUCCAGGAGCAGGAGCACCUGAAGACGCUGGACCAACAGAUUGCCAAGUGGGAGAGUCGAGUGUUGACGCAGCUGAAGGAUCUCAGGGGCCCAGGCUUAGUCCUGCAGAAGAAGGCCCAGAACUUCCACAGAGUGAAGGUCUUGGAGAACCAGCUAGACCGGGCCAACACACGCUUUGACACCCAGCUGGUGAGGAACAGGGUCCUUCGGGAAGAGCUGGGUUUGCUGCACAUUCAGAGGAAUCGUUUUCUGCAUCUUGACCACCAGCUGAAGAAGGAGCUACAGGACAUCCGCUUCAGCAUUCAGUGCCACAUAGACAAUUCCAAUGCAGCCUUUGAUGCCAGGGAGGAAGCCAAGCUGAAGCUGAGCCAGCUGCAGGAGAAGCUGGACAAAGACUUGAGUCAGUACAGUGCAGAGCUGCAGGUGGUCCAGAGGCAGAUCUGCCACCUUGAGCAGCUGCACAACUUCCUGGCUACCAAGAACCAGGAGAGAACUGUGGAUGAUGCGGUGAUGGCGGCCCGGCACAAGCGGGCGCAAGAGGCGGCCGAGGGCCUCCACAAGACCUCGUUCGAGAAGGCCAUUGUGCAGUACGAGGAGGUGCUGGAGAAGCUGGGGGAGAUCACGGGCCACAGCCAGGCUGACGACAUUCUGAAGACUUAUUUGGAGAAUGAGGAAAGAAACUUUGCCGAGUUCACUUUUAUCAAUGAGCAGAACUCCGAGAUGGAGAAGCUCACAGAGGAGACCCAGCAGAUCCAGGAUGCCCUGGCUCAGCUGACCUUGGCCCAAGAAGAGGCUGAGCGGGGGUCCAAGUGUCAGCAGCUUGAUGCCCUGGAGCAGCGCAAGGUGGCCUUGGCCAAGGAGGCUGAGGCGGUAGAGGACAGGCAGGACAAGAUAAGCAAGACGCUAGACCAGCUGAAGGCUGCCACCAAGUCUUUGUUCUACAAGGCCAAGUGUGAUGACACCAGGCUCAAAGAGCUCCUGGGAGGCAGCCACAUGGGGAGCAAGAUAAUGGAGUUGCUUCUCAGCCUCAUCGAGCAGCGAGUGAUGGACCUGCUGGCCGCCCAGGCCUUCGCCAGCUUCUCGGUGGGGAAGGAUUACAAUAUGGCUGAGGCAGUCAGGCCCUUCCAUCCAAGGGACGAUCCAGCGGGGCUGGAGCAGAUGGACGAACGGCCCCUGACUCGGGAGGAGAUUUUAGCCCAGGUCCUCAAGGCGAUGCAGGAUCGGGAACUGGUCAAGGAGCAUACAGCCACGACCUUGCACUUGAGCAAGAGGGCAUCAGAAAAACCUGCCGUGUAGGCAUUUGGCCUCACUCUACUUGGAGACCUGUUCUCUCUUGUUGCCCAGCCCCUCCCCCCCCACGUACAAGGCUCCCAACUUUCUGUCUCUCUGCAGCCCUGGGAGUCCUUGGCUGCCCAUCUCUGGGGGUGUCACAGUCUCCUGGUGGUUGUGCCUCUCCCUUUCCCGAGUCUUUGCUUCCUUCCAUCCCUUCCCAAGUUCAGAGCACAGCCAAGGCCUGGGAGGCCUGGGUGGAGAUGGCGGGGUGGGGUCCAGCAAUGCUGUGACCUCAGGGAAUAAAAGGUACUCACCCCA